AUGAGUUCGACAAGAGGAGAAAUGAUCUAUCUUUACCAGAUGUUUUACCAACAGUACUCAAGAUUGCAAUUUUCAAAGGUCGAGGACAGGCCUUUUGCCAUUGCCGGUCUAGAGAAAAGAUUGUUACAGGGCUUUGCCACACGUGGAGGAUACGGGGUGUUUGACGAUGGAAAGGGUCUCCUGCACCGGAGUCUGCUUUGGUGUCGAUCUCUCGGUGGGACUCUCGGGAGAAUCAAGUUCCCGGUUGAGAAGAAGAUUUUCGUACCGACGUGGUCGUGGAUGGCAUACGAGGGAGGCAUCGAUUACCUGGCUCCGGAAUGGAACAAGACCGAGUGGGAACAGCAAGAUCUCCGAUCCCCGUGGAGCGCAGACUCGCCUGUGCAGUACACCACGGACAAAAACAGCACGAUCUCUCUCGAAGCUAGUGCGAGAGAUUUCGAUGAAGCCAAAGCUGUCAAAGAGCACAUCACGCUUUACUUCGACAUGCCUGACAAGGCCGACGGUCGUACGCCAGGCUUGAAGUGCGUGAUCUUAGCGCGGCCCAAGACUGGAUCUACAACGAAGGACAGAAUGUGUUAUGUCCUUCUUGUUGCGCCACAGGUUACUAAGAGGUUCGGAGGCUCGACGGUCUUUGAGAGAGUGGGUGUCGGGAAAAUGCCCGAAAGUUGUGUCUCGCAGUUGGAUAAAAUUGAAGUCAAGCUUCAGUAG